AUGAUGAAAAGUCUACACUCCGAAAAUGUAACAUUGAAUUACCGUGAACAUUUUAAAUACAUAAAUGAUUUUUCACGUUUUUAUACUUCUUUACCUAUUUCAUUAUAUCCGGAAAAUAGUCCAGUCGUUAUGAAAGAUAUGUGUAAAUCAAGAAAAUAUAUGCCGACUACAAUAAUUGCGCCUGAUGGUUAUGUACCGAAUUCUCCGGUUCGUGUCAAAUUAAUUCCUUUGGGGAAAAAAGAAUUUUCUGAUGAAAAUGCUAACAAAAUAUUAUCAUCUAUAGUUUCAACGAAUAAUGACCUAUUAACAGUUAACGUUUUAAAUAAAUUACCUGAUAUAAUGAGCAAUAUGAAAACUGAAGAAAUCGACGAUUCAGGACGAGAAGCUGGCACUAUGUCAAAACAAUCUUGCAGAAAUAUGAAUAAAGAUGAUUUUAUAAAUGAACAGACAACUAUUCAUUUGGUUAAAGCAUUUAAGCUGAAUCAGAGUGACAAAAGGCAGACCACUUCACAGUAUUUUGAAAAGAAAAUGCAAGGAGAUAUAGAUGUAAAUGGAAUGAAUAGGAAAAUAUUAGCUGAAUCCGAGAAUCAACAAGAAACUACAAGAGUAGAAGAUAACAAUUUAAUUGAUUAUCUAAGAAGAAACAAUCAGAAAACAACACUAAAGAAAAAAAGACGGUUAAAAGAUGAUAAUUCCUUGAAGAAAUUGAAUGAGGAUAAAAUAAAGAAAAAUAUAUUAUCAGGCACUAUUGAACAGUCGAAACAUUCAAAUAUUAAACACAAUAAGUUAAAUACAUUGCAUACUAUGAGUAAAUGUUCAAAAGAUGAUAUUGUACAAACAGAAUUGAAGUCAGUUGAAAUUACUGACAACAUAGAAAAUGGAGGUUUUAAGAAUGUCACGGAAAAUAUAAUUGAGUUCGAUAAAACGGAAAAUUUCAGAUCUAAACCAUCAACUGAAGAAACUUCCAAAGGAAACCAGAUUCAUAAGCAAUGUAACAAACGGUCAGGGGGAUUAAUAGUCAACCACGAAUUAAGGGCUACUGAGACUGGAAGAACACCAGAAAUAACAAUUGGAGGAACAAGAGAAAAAAGAAAACAACAUAAUGAUUUGAAAAGCGAAGAGUUGCAUCUGAAAAAAGAACGGAAAGUAGCAAAUAAAGACAAUGAACUGGAUGAAAACCCAUUAGUAAAACAAGGCGUUCCUGUAGAAACUGUCGAAAAAGAAACAAUUCAAGUAGAAGGUGAAACGUUUCAACCGAAUACCUUAAUAAGAUAUACAGCUGAUUUUGAAGAUCCAGAUGAACUUGUUAAACUGGAAGCGAUUUCGUUAGCCUCAAUGAAUCAAGAUGAAUAUCUGCGAAAACUUGUUAAAAUGUCAUGGUAUCCAUAUAGAUCAAGAAUGAUGAAUAAAGAGACAAUAGCAAAACAUCUACUCAAGCAUUUGGACAAUAUUCAUGAUUGGAAUAAUCUACGUCAAGCUGAAAUAUCCAUUAUAACUUUACAAAAAUUACAUGUUCAACUUUCCGAAGUGUUUAACUUUCUUUUACAUUAUUACAGAUUAUAUAAACUGAAUGAUCAAUGUAAAAAACAUAUUCAGAAUUAUGCUGAGCAACAUUUUUUAAAAUGGUAUCAUUUUGUGAAAGAAAGACAAAAUAUUAGACAGGAAAUCAAAGAAGAUGCAUUUGUUCAAGCUUUGUCUGCGCUAACAAUUUUAAGCAACUUUAAUGUGAAUGUAGAUGAUCAAAUUAAAAAACUUAAAAAUGCAUUUACGUCAGUUAAUAAGCUUCAGGAAACAGUUAAACGAAACAAUCAAUUCCAUAUGAAUAAUUUAACUUCGAAGGAUACAACAAAACAGGACAAUUUAAACACCUCUAGAUUAUGUAAAAUACUUGAUAUAAUGUUUCAAUUAGACGAAGUGUUUCAAGAAAGUAGAGCAGAUGAACCAGAUAAAAUGCAACAAAACGAAAUGGAACUUCAAACAAACGGACUAAUCAAAUUUAACAAAUGGAGACAAACAAACCGCAACAAAAUGCCUGAUGAAAUUUUAAAGAUAAUAGGAUCUUCAUCAUUUAAGGAGAAAGAUGUUAGAUUGCACAAGUAUUCAAUUGAAGCUUUCUCAAAAGUUAAAACUAGUGAUAAAGCCGAAAAGUUUGAUGAGAAUAUUGAAUCGUUUGAAUCUUCUAGAGAUAAACUUACAUCACAUAGUAUACAUAUUGAAAGUGAUGCUUUAGAAAACAAUAAAAUAAAAACGUACCUGAUUGGACAACAACUCAGGUUAUCAACUCGUAAAAAAACUCCACAGGGUCGAACAGAAAUGAAAGAAUUUUUAUCAAAUCCUAAAGAAGUUUUAGCAAAGCAAGUUAAAGAAUUGCCGAAAGCACCCUUCCAGUCUUUAAGUUUGAAAAGUCUUGAGUUAAAUUAUCACGAUUCAGAGAGAUCAACGAAAAAUGGAGAUACUGAAAUGUUAAAGAGAAAUACAAUGGCUAAUGAAACUACUAAAAUGUUAAUUAGUAGAAAAAACAGUCUCAAUAAACAAAGGACAUCAAAAAAAGAGGAAGUUAAUGUAAUUAAAGCUCAACACUUUACAAAAUAUAAAGAAAAUCUGAUGAAUAAUAGACAGCAUCUUCCUAAAAGCACAGCAAUUAAUUUAACAAACAGUAUAAUAAAUAAACCCUGUUUUGUAAAAGAUAGUUUGACAAGUAUAAGUGAACAGUCUUUAUUUGAAACAGCUUUACUUACUAAAUCAGGCCCACUAAACCGGGAAUUAUUUCCACUAACAUCUGUACAGACACUACCUAAAAUAAGGGAGUUAAGAAAGCAGGAAAACCUUGGUCGAACUCCAUCGUUCACGAAUUUGGUAAUGAACUUUAUGUACAAAAAAUCAAAACAAUUUAAACGGCAAAAUUCAAAAUUUAAUUUUUCAGUUGAAACGUUAUAUGAAUUGUCUUCAUUACAUAAUAAGGCGAAACAAGAAAAGAAAAAAGUAGAGGUGAAUAAAAUGAACAGAACAAAUGGACUUACAUAUAGAAAACAAACUUUAGAAACUCCUAAAAUUCAGAUGGAGCCUUCAUUGACUAUCACGUCUCUUCCAAAAAUAGGAUCGAUUUUGACAAUACAAUCAACUUCGUCCAUUAUUUCACGACCUGCUUAUAAAGUAAUUCAGCAAAAACCCCAUAAAACACAGAAAAAAGCAAUAAAACCAUCAGAAAAUCCAUCAGAUACAGAUAUCAGGGACUUUGAUUUUAAUUUUGAUACACAAAAUUUUUUACAGCGGUUCGUCAAAGUGCUGGAGUCAAACAUUAUUCCAUCAUGUAAGCAAGAAGGUUUAGUGCCAACACUUAAACUUGAAAAAGACAACAUAUCAGCAUUAAAACCAUUGUGUGAAAUAUACUGGGGGUCAUCAGAUGUUAACCAAGGAAUACUGAAGCAGCCACAUUGUGGACUAAUGUUUAAACAAAAAUUACUCAUGGAAUUAAUUAAUUCACUGUCUAUCGAAAGAAAACAACUGAAGAAUGAGAAACCAUCUACUUUGCCAAUGAUCAAUAUCCUAAAACAAAAUAUAUCUUAUCAGAUAUCAACUUCAAAAUCUAUGAACAAGAAGCAAGAAGACCUUCCAGCUGAUAAUGUAAAUGAUUUGUGUAGAAUUAUUCAUCAUUCACAAGAUAAACUAUCACCAAAAGAACUGACAAAUUUAUUAGCAGAAAUCAAAAUUGAUCAUCAAAAAGCUUCAAACACAGUAAACUUAAUGUACGAGUGUAAUGGAAGAACGUAUGAAGGAUCAAAAGCAUUUCAUGUAGAUUCAGAUAAGCAUAAGAUAUCAGUUGAACGAGCCAAUCUACUUAGAAUAGAAUCACAUACCUGUCAACCGGUACUUGGAAAGUUUCACUGUCGUUAUGAAGCACUGGCGAGAAAAAGAUAUCAGAAUUUAGGUCUCUCAAUUUCCAAUCACAUUACUCGGAUGAAUUUAAUUGAAGAAUGUAUGCACAAACCAACUCAACAAAGAACAAAUCAAAGAAUCUGUGGAUCAAUCAGACAACGGGAAUAUUUAUUUGUUGAUUUUCAUUAA